AUGCAAUGCGAGGGCCUCGCUAACGUGCGGCUUUGUUCCCCGCGACUGGACUGUCCGCCGGCAGAGCACUACCAGCUCCGCUACGUCCAACCCUGGCUCUAUGCCCGGCCCUGUGAGGAGGUUCUGCGCUUGGCCAGGCAAGCCCUUACGGCACUGCGAACCGCUGGUCGGCUUCCAACUUUGCUUCACGUGGGUCCCAAGGACCUCUCGAACAAUCGCACCAAACCCUUCUACGAGGCCUUGUUUGGGAAUCGGAGUGAUUGCCUGCAGGCCGUCAUGGUCGAAGCCAAUCCAGACGUUGCCACACUUCUACAACAGCGCCUUACCGAGUACUUCUCACCAUGUCCUGACAGAAGCGUGCUGACAGCAGCUCUUUGCUCGGUGGAUGCUGAAGCAGCCUCCUUCUUCUCACUUUCAGAGGAAGUGUACACAAAAUACUCCGUGCAGGAGCUGGGUGGCAUCACCACAGCUGCCAGCUAUGGUUCCCUAAAUCUCCACUUUCUACUGCAAGACAUUCUAGACCGCACCACUGGGAUUCAAGCUGAGGAUCUCAUGCCAUUCAUCCAGGAGCGAUCUGUCACCUGCAUUUCUCCCAGCAGCUUGCUGCAGCUCGAAAGUCUGGAGCCCUUGGACAUGCUUUUCCUGGACACAGCAGAUGGUCUGGGAAUGCUCUCCGCCUUCCUGUCGCUUGGCGUGCGCCCCGCCCUCCUGCGCUUCCAUUGGGCCUGGCACCUUCGACAGAUCGCGGACCCGGGCUACGCCGCGAAAGUCGCAGAGGCCGUGGCAUUUCUGGCAGCAGAGGGCUACCAUCUCUACCAAUACGGGGAGUUCUUUGUGGCCAUGCGCUCUGAAGCCGUCCUGCCAGCUUCUGUUCUGGACUUGCACGAGACGAGCGGCAACGAGGUUGCAAUCAAAGUAUACAAGGCCUUGAAGGAGUCCCACAGAGGCGAGGACGUGCGGCUGCAGAAGUUCUGCAGGCAGAUCCAAGUCUUGCAGAAUCUCCAAGAGCCCUUCGACCAAGUGACUGAUGAGACGCUCUGGCAUCCUCAAUUGGCAGCGACCAAGCCGUCGAAGCUGUUCAUGACGCUGCUGGACUACUCUAAAGACAAGAGCCUGAACCCAAGAUGCUAUCGCCGGAGACAGGCAUUUAUUUAG